AAGAAAAUUAGUUCUUAGGACAAUUUUCUAGUUUAUGUUGAUGCAGGAUUUGCAUGUUCAGCAAUGGUGGUCAGAACCAUGGUAUUGUUUUGAUAUUAUUUUGUAAAUAACAUUUCAAUAGAUCUUGCUCCUGCAUAUCAAAUUGAAAGGACAAGCUACCAUUGGUAGUAUGACGUCAUUGAAUGAUCUAGUAGCCUUGACGACGUCAUGCAGUUUUAUAUACCUUUCAUACUUGAUCUUAUAUGCUAAUCUGUUCAACUUUUUUAGACAUAUUAAAAAAUAUCUUGAAUUGAAGAAGUAUUUUUAAAGGCAAAAUUGUUAAUAUCUAAGGUAUGAUGUAUCUAAAUUUGUCACUCUUGCAAUGUUCAAUUUUUUAUUUUUUUAUUUAUUUUUUUAAUUUUUUUUUCAAAUUCAAAUCAGGAAUUUUCUGGCUUUUGUACAAAGUUCUUGUACACCAGACUACUGUAUGCUGUGUAAACUAAUCGUAAAUGUAUGUUUUUACAUUGCUUGGUAAUCAUCAGAUGCUGAUUGUUUCUGGAUGGUGAUUGGAAGAUUGAACAUUAUGGUGGGUCCAUCAUUUCUGAAAAAUUUGUUAAGGUAGUGAUUUGUUUGAAGAUGGAACUUCUGAUGGUUUCCCAGAUUUAAAAAAAAAAAAACCCAGAAAAUUGCAGAAGUUCAAGACCUGGGUUAAAGAUAUCAGUAGUAGAAUAAAAAAAAUGUAAAUAAAAGAUAUGGCAUGUUUUGCUAUCUAAUUAAAUUUUGAUAUAUUUUUUUUUGAAAACUAUGUUUAUCAUAAUUUGGUAUUGAUUUCCUGUCAUUCAUUGAAUGGGAUUUAAUUUCUAAAGUUUACAACUGUUAUUUUUGUUUAUCAUUUGACACAUCAUGACAUUCAAGAAAGUGAGGUAUGUAGUGUUUAAAACACAAGCCAGUUAUUAAAUUAAAUUAUUGAUUUUAAAUGUAUAUAUAUAACGGUAUGUCAGAUUUUAUUUUUGGUGAUAUAUCCUUUACAUUUUUGUUAAGGUUUGCUCUCUUUUUUUGUGAUAUUUGGUAUGGUUAUGGACCUACGGCAUUGGCACUAACACUAGAAUUGGAAUGAAUGGAUUUGUUAUAAUUACAGAGUGAAAUCAGGAUUAUGGAAUAGUUUUUGUUUAAAUGGUACAUCCGACAAAUAUUGAUAAAAUAGUGGGAAAGACAUGAAUUGUUUGAUGGUGAAUAUCAAAUUAGUAGUCUGUAGAUUUAUAUUUAGAAUAAUUGUAUAAACACUGUAACAAAGUUUAAAAAAUUGUUAUUUUUUUGACAAGAACUGUACCUUUAUCCUUGCGAAUGAAAGUUGUAUGUGAGUUGUCCUGGACCAGAAUUGCAUUAUUAUUGUCAUUUCCUGGUAAUUUUUCUGAAGGCAUGUCAGAUUAUUGUUCUUUACACUUGAGGAGAAUAUGUGAUAAUCUUGUGUUAUGUUCAAUUUUGUACAUUUUAUAAAUAUUGGAAAGCUAUGAAAAUAAAAUAUGAUGCAGCACAUACUUAUUAUUUUCUCUGCCUCUUUUGUAUCUUUUCAGCAGUGUUGGAAAUAAAUCAUUAGUUUAUCAGUACUCAAGACCACACCUCAUUGACAGGGUUUUCAACCCAGCAGCUCCUGUUGAUGUUGCAUGGAAGUUUACCAGAAAAAAUCUCAUUAUUGGGAUUUUAAAAUUAGAUCAUGAUAUAUUCACAUGCAUCGUAUAUCAGAAUCGCGUUUGAUAUAAUGUCAUAGAUAUUGGAUGAUAAGGCAUAAUUAGUUUUCCCUGUUCACUUUCAGUGUUUAGAUUUAAAAAAAAAACAUUAUCAAGGUUAUUUGUAAUCAAUCAGAAAAUUGUGUAGAGUGUAAUUGAGUUCUUUUCUGUUACGGUCAAUGAAAGGAAUUGAAAAUACAUUUGUCCACCAUGUAGGAUCUCUCUGUGUAUUUGAUAUAAAUUUAUAAAUGAAAAGUUUUAAACCCCGAUUGUAAAUUUUGCCUUCAUAUUAGAGCAUACGGUUCAGAAGUGUACUAUCGUAAGAUUUUUGUGGUGUUGUUUAUGUACAAACUACAAAACCCGAGAAUGACAGAAGGUGUUUUUCCUCUCUAUGUAUUUUCAGUCAUCAACAAACCACAAAGCAAGCGACUGUCUACUAAAGGCCCAUAAUACAGAGCUGGUGCAGAGUCAUCCUCCACACUUUUCAUGCUCCGAGAUCGAAAUCUUCCAAAUCAAAUUCAUCUUCAUAUCAUUUGCAUUUUUUUUCUUUUAAAUAAGUUAUUUGGACAUUCAAACAUUCAAAAACUGAAAAUUUAAGUUUUCCUACAAAUUUCAAAAUGAAAGUUUGCUUGAAAAGAAAGUUUUGAUAAACAACAUAUGCAUUACUUGUUACUUUCUGUGCAUGCCUUUUUUUUUUUUACCAAAUCCUGUCUAUCAUUGUGAUUUUUUUUAAAACCUUUUCAAAAUCUAGUCAACAGAACUGAAUUGUGAAGAAUAUUCUUCAUUGUGAAAACGAAACAUUCAUUCUCUAAAUAUUUUGUUUACAAUCUUUACCAAUAACCAAUAGUGAUUAUUAAACCCUAUCUUGCCACUUUUUCCUGUCCUCCUUCAUACUGCUACGGUAUAUUGGUAUUACAAAAAAUGGUCUGAUUUCCAUUCCAGGAAGACUGGCAGACAGAAGUUCGGAAGACACUUAUGAUUGGUUGAUCAAAUCCCAUGUGACUGAUCAAAUGACUAAAUCAGCAUAAAUUUUUAAACUAAGAUGCAUGCUAAUUUUUGUGAACAUGGUUAGAAAUUUUAUCGAAUGUGAUUUCUGAAACAUGGUGGCACAAGAUACAUUAUUAAAUUGGACAAGUCAUAUAACCAUCAGAAACGAAACUUAAGCCACUUCCUAAUAAUAUUGGAACUAUACUUUAAUGCAUAAAUUUUGCAACCAUUGUUUUAGAAAUCACACUUAUGGAUAGGAUCGUAAUAUGUUAGAGGAAGUAUUAAUGAUGAUGGAUUUAUUGUCAACUUAUUUCUUUCCUCCUCCUGAAAGUCAUUUGUUUGAACCUAGAGUUUUUAGAGACAAGUUUGUGCUUUGCUUGGUUACAUUUAUCAUAGAGCUGACAGGAGAGCUACCAGAAGGCAUAUUAGUGAUAAAUGUCUGGGGAUUUUUUUUCCGAAAAAUAGGUCACCUUUGAUAUUCCAUGAAAUCUGAGUUUGUGUGUAAAACCAUUGUUUGACCUCGGUGUGUUUGGCAUUGGUAUGCUGUAUUGUAGCCUGAAUUCUUUGAAAUCAUCAUCUUUAGAUUUAUGAUAAAAAAAUGUUUAUGAAUCAGUGAAAGAAGAAAAGCAAACACAUUCCUUAUAAAGCUAUUGAUACGUAUUGAAAAGGUCUUCCUGAAAUACAAUCUUUAAAAAUCAAAACAUCUCAAAUAGUCAGAAACAAACCAAAAUUUGUGUAAAUUUUCUUCAUUGAUUGAUUUGAAUUUUGAAAAAUCUGUUAGUUGGUCUUGGAUAUAAACUUGAAGCACCAUGUAGAAGAGAUGGUUGGAGGAAUAGGAUGUGGUGUGAGAGAUGAUGUUAAAUUAAACAUUUACUUUCCAGGUUAUUUUCCUAGUAAACUUACUAAUGCUGAUUGUCUUGUUUUCUCAAGGUACAUCAUGGGUGGAACAUUUUUAGUUUUAAUACUGAAUUUACUAUUUUGGAAAAUAUUUUCCUCCUCUUAUGUAAGUUAAUUAUUGAUAAAGCCAGCUGUCAAGUAUUUCAAGAAUCAGACACUUAGCCCGUGCAUUAUGAUCUAAAUGAUUAAAUGCUAUAGUAUUUUGAGUAAAUUUGUACUGUGAGAAAAUAAGUAUCCUUGCUUUGGUAAGUUUACAAUCAUUUGCUGAGAAGAAACCCGAUCCAGUCGUCAAAAAUAACAAAUUAAUUACAACUGUUUCAUGAUGUUACAGUCUUGUCACUCAUCCAUGGUUUUCUUUCUGUUUCUUUCUGUGUUUUUCAUGUAAAAAGUAUGAAGCCAAAAAUUGUGGUACCCUAGCUUAUGUACAUGCGCCGACCGAAUGUCUGAUAUAAGUCGAGGGCUUGUGGCCAUGAGCUCCUGCUCUCAGUCAAACAUGGGGAUGCUAGCGAAUCUUAUGGGGAUGUGCUGCCCCAGGCAGACCAGAUCGGACCCAUCGUGGAGGGGCCGGGUGCAAAGAGGGACCAGAAACCAUUCACAUUACCCAAGCUAUCAUCCUCCCAGAAUGAACUGAUACAACGAGCAAAGAAGUAUGCGAUGGAACAGAGUAUAAAAAGCGUCCUGGUGAAGCAGACAAUAGCCCAUCAGCAGCAGCAAAUGCAGAAUUUCCAGAACACGGUCCAGCGGCAGCAGGCCUUGGCGUUGAUGUGCAGAAUCUAUGUUGGCAGUAUUAACUUUGAGAUCAAAGAGGACACCAUAAAGCAGGCAUUCCUCCCAUUUGGCCCCAUCAAGAGCGUCAACCUCUCCUGGGAUCCGGUCACCAACAAACACAAGGGCUUUGCCUUCAUUGAGUAUGAGAUUCCAGAGGCAGCGCAGCUGGCACUGGAACAGAUGAAUGGGGUCAUGAUAGGAGGGAGGAAUAUCAAGGUAGUUGGACGUCCCAGUAAUAUGCCACAAGCUCAACCUAUUAUUGAGCAGCUGGCCGAGGAGGCGAAAAAUUAUAACCGUAUUUACAUAGCAUCCAUCCAUACCGACCUCACAGAGACUGAUAUCAAAAGUGUGUUUGAAGCGUUUGGCAAAAUUGUGACGUGUAAAAUCAUCUCAGACAAUCCUAAAGGAGGAAAACACAAGGGCUAUGGAUUUAUAGAAUAUGAAACAUCUCAGGCAGCCUUGGAUGGAGUCACCUCUAUGAACUUGUUUGACCUUGGAGGUCAAUAUCUCCGUGUAGGGAAGGCUAUCACCCCUCCGGACGCCCUUCAGCCGGCCUCAGGACCAGGCAGUCUUCCUACAGCCGCUGCUGUGGCUGCUGCUGCUGUGACAGCCAAAAUUACAGCUAUGGAUGCUCAACAACAAAUUAGCCAAGUUCUUGCACCUCCUGGAGUGGCAACACCAACUGGCCUUGGUACAAAGACACCAGAGAGGGUAGUGCCAGAACCUGGUGUUGUUGACCCAAGCAGUCUCGGGUCUGGACUGCCAAUGGGAGUAGCUCCUCCUGCAAUUCCACCUCCUGGCAUCGUCAAUCCAGUACCUGGAGGUGGUAAUAUCCAAAUACCACAGAUGUCUGGCCCACCAUUACAGAUCCCACUGCCUCCUGGAGCUCUCAGUCAGUUCCCUGCCCAGGCAGCCAAGGAGGAGGAGAAAAAGAAAAAGCCAUCAGAGGAAGAUGUGGCUCAGACUCUCGACCAACAGGAAAACAUGAAGAUCAGUGGCAGCAAUGCCAGACAUAUGGUCAUGCAGAAACUGAUGCGGAAAUCAGAUUAUCGAGUUAUGGCUUUGCGCAACAUGGUUGGACCAGAAGAUUUGGAUGACGAACUGGAAAAUGAAGUUACGGACGAGUGUGGGAAAUAUGGUGUUGUGAAUCGUGUCAUUAUUUAUCAAGAAAAACAGAGUGAAGCAGAGGAUGCUGAAAUAAUUGUUAAGAUAUUUGUGGAAUUUUCAAAUCAAAGUGAAGUGGAAAAGGCGUGUCAAGCAUUAAAUGGACGAUUUUUUGGUGGAAGAAUAGUAAUAGCAGAGAAAUACGAUCCAGACAUGUUUAAUGCAAAUGAUCUCUCGGGAUGAGCGCAUAAUAUUGUUUUUAUAAGAAACUCUUUUUAUAAGAAUCAAGUAAAAGCCAGUCUGCCAUGAUUUGUGAAAAUCUGUGACAGCGAGACGGAAAAGGUUUACAAGUCCAAAGGAUGAGAAGUGAGAACUUGUGUGAAGCUGUGUACCUCCAAUAUGUAUACAGCCCUAUCUCACACAGGUCCACAGAUUCCAGGUGUGGUGAUGCUGCCAAGUUGUACAAGCAAACAUGUCGGUGUCAUCUGUAAACAACAUGGAUUCCUGACCGUUACAUUGCAGAAGUACAAAUAAAACCGACAUACAAGCAUGUUACCUGUAGACUUGUCUUCUACACAUGUCGACUCCAUCCAGUCGGUUUAACAUCACCUUCAGGGUAGCAGGUAGAUUUGAUGUGUGAGAAUUUGCCUUACUUAACAUGGCACUUAGUGGUAGUGACAGGCUGUGUUUAGGGUGAAUCAAGGAAGAUGGUUCUAGAUUGUGAUAAGCAACUCGAACUGCUUCAAGUGCUUGGAGGGACAAUGAUGUGUGUCUCUACCGAAGUCAUUCAGAUAACCACAGUGGCUAUUGUAAUGACUGGUGGAACUCCGGUGUGUUGAUGUGAUUUCUAAAUGGACUUAAAUGAAAUACAUCUACUGUACAUCAUUUAGAUUUCCGAAGAUAAAUCUUUGUGUAUGAAUUAUUAAAAAUCAGUCGUGAAUUGAAAUACAGUACAAGGAUGUAAUUAGUUUUCCAUAAAAGCUUAAAAGUUGCCUUUUUAUUAAGAACUUUGACUUAUUUAUAGAGUAACACUUGUCAACAGACUGCUUUUGUGGUAAUCAAUUGCAACCACCGCAUGAAAACAUUUUAUAAAGUUACACAUUUUCACAAAUUCACAUUUUAAGAGCUUUGUAAUAAGGGGGUUUGAAAAGUGAUAUGAAAAUUAAGUGAUUCACAUAAUAUUAAAAAAAUGUUUGUUUCAUUGAAUUUGAUGAAUCAUUCAUUUAUAUAUUUGUUUCAUAUACUUGAAUUCACGUUUGAUUCUUAAAAUGAAUAUAUACAGUACACAUUUGAUUCAUCACUAGAAAUAUAAUUUAAUUUACAGUAUUUGUAAGUAUACGUGAUCUAGGUUGAAAUCUAGAAGUGAGAAUAGUGUGAUGUGUGUCGUUUGUUCAAGAAAGAGAGUGUGCAUGAUGAAGCAAGAAGGGAGACAACUUUUCUCUAACAAAUCAUUUUAUGUCUUGCUGGAAUAAAAUCUUUUUUAUCUGAAUGCUGUAGACCUACAAAUUGCUACAAUCAAACACCAAAAUGAAUCUCAGAAAUUGAGUCUUGAGGGAGUUUUUCUCAAUGUUUAAAGACUGAUGCUUCUUUUCUUAUUAGAUUAAUUACCCCAUGAUAGGGCUUUUUAAAAAUCAAACUGGUAUAUUAUAUAUACAUGUAUUUUAAAUAAUUUUUUAGAUGAUGAUUCCUAAGACUUCAUCAUUUCUGGCAUAGGAUUUUGAAAUCUGAGUCCAACUGCCUUAUUAUCAUUUUAAUACCAGUAAAUAACAAUAAAAUAUGCUUAUUAAAGAACAAUGCAGUUGGUAGAUUAAUUUCAUAGGUAUUUUUAUCCACAAAAACAAAAACAAAAAACAAACAAAUAAGUUGGUCUGAAAAGGUACUUUUCAAAGAAGAUAAUUACUUCCCAAGAUAAUCACUUUACUCAUUUCACGUAUCAUGAUCAUGUGUGUGUGGAUGAGGCAUAAAUGUGUAUAGAUGUUAUGGUGCAAGACAAUUCUUGGACCAGUACAAAUGGCCACUAAGCCAUAUUUCAUUGAGACAUUUCUUAAUAUUUUGUAUAACACAAUCAGUGACAUUGAUCUGAAGUCUAGUAUUUUCCUCUUGUAUAACUUCAGACUUGAUACGUAAAAUAGUACCUAAAUUGUAUUUAGGUCAUACUGUUGGUCAACGUUUGGCCCCGGUACAAGUUUAUGUUUAUACAUUUUACACAUCGUAAGAUAAUUCCAGUCCAAUGUACAUGCUCUUUUACAAAUACAAAAUAAUUCAAAUCCAUUCAAAUUGAGUUACCAGUAAUGGCGAUCACUUUGGUCAUUGUGUAUUAAUUAAAGUAUUUAGGAUGUCUUGCAUUGUUAUGUAGACAUCCAUUACCAGCAAGAUAUAAGUCUCUUAAAUAUACUCUUUUUUUUUAAUAUUUCAAACUACAUUGCAUUUGUGAAGUAUAUGAUUGAAAUUUUUUAAAAGAAUGAAGAGUUACAUGCACGAUAGAUUUGGGUUAGUUUGAAUCUGUAAGUGUUUAAAAAAUGAAAACAAUUUAAUUUAACAAAACCUAAAAGUUUCUAGCUGGUGAUACUUCAGACUUCUUUAAAUUUAUCUGAUAUUUGAUUCCGUAUAUGACUUUUCAAGGCAUACCAAUGAUGACAGCUAAGUCCAUUUGUUUUCUGUGUCUGUCUUUUAAGUCAUCGUGAAAAGUGUUGUAUAGAUAUGUUUGCAUCAUAUUGUGCUUGUGCCAAUUUCGAAUUGGGAAUUACACAGUGCUUCAAAUGAUAGCUGCAUGGCAACAAUUCUUUUUAGUUUCAAAUCUUUCCUAUUGAUAAUUACAUGUGUUCUCACAUUGAUCGGGUUAAAAAUAUAGCUGUAUCAUAGCUGUACUAAUAUGAGUAUUUCAAAAACUAAAAACUAACGUUAUUUUUUUGAAGUCACAAUAUAUCUAUAAAAAGGAAUAAAGUGCCAUUUGUUUGUGGCUCACAACUGGUAGAUAAAAAAUAUCAGCUGGAACACACACAAAAAACGAGAUAAUUCACCUUUUUGAACCAGUUCUUUACAGCAAGUCGUUCAUCAUUGCAACAGAUCCAUUAUCAUAAUCCUGUUAUUUAAAUGUUUCAAAUUCUGUUAGAAAAUGAUGUUUUAGAAAAACUUGUACAUCAUCUUUUCUUUUCUUUUUUUUUAGUUUACCCAAGUAUUGACUUCCUCAGUUACUAAAUAUCAGACAGUUGUAGAAAAACUUGUACAUCAUCUUUUCUUUUCUUUUUUUUUAGUUUACCCAAGUAUUGACUUCCUCAGUUACUAAAUAUCAGACAGUUGAAACUAAGGCAAAUUUAUUUGAUACCAGCAAAUUUCUUAUAUAAUGUCUUUGUCAUUAAAACUGAUAUUGUCUGUUAUAUAUAUAUAUGCAUUUUUCUGCAAGGAUAAAUGUAAGAAAUUGUUACUUAAUAAAAAAGAUAAGAUUGUU